UCUCCGCCGGCGUCCCCAGGGCCGAGGGUGGGCGCGUCGGUCGGGAGUCGUCGUCUUCGUGAGCCCGCCCCGGCGGGGAGGAGCUGCCCGGCUCAGGCCCCGCCCACCCGGAGGAUCUUGGGGCUGGUCUGGGUCCGCUCCUGAGACGUGACCACCCGCCCCGCCGGGGCCCCCAAUCCCAGCUGCUUGAUCCGGCUCAGCCCCGAGGUGUUUGCAGCAGCUCUUUAUGAAAGUCCGGCCAUCUGUUACCUGCGUUGCUUCCUGGGGAGGGAUAGUCCACCUGGAGGCAUUCGGAGACCCGCUGAUUGUGCUCCGCGGAGUCUGGGCUGUGCCCCGCGUUGACUGCCUCAUAGAUACCCUCCGAACCCCAAAUGCCAGCUGCAUGAGAAGAGCGACUCACCUUCUGGUCCCCUGCCUGGAAGAGGAAGAGCUGGCAUUGCACAGGAGACGGCUGGACAUGUCUGAGGCACUGCCCUGCCCGGGCAAGGAGACCCCCACCCCAGGCUGCAGGCUGGGGGCCCUGUAUUGGGCCUGUGUCCGCAAUGAUCCCACCCAGCUCCAAGCCAUACUGGAUGGUGGGGUCUCCCCAGAGGACGCCACCCAGGUGGACAGCAAUGGGAGGACAGGCCUCAUGGUCGCAUGCUACCACGGCUUCCAGAGUGUUGUGGCCCUGCUCAGCCACUGUCCUUUCAUUGAUGUGAACCAGCAGGACAAAGGAGGAGACACGGCCCUCAUGUUGGCUGCCCAAGCAGGCCAUGUGCCUCUGGUGAGUCUCCUGCUCAACUACUAUGUGCACCUGGACCUGGAACGCCGGGACCAGCGGGGGCUCACGGCGUUAAUGAAGGCUGCCAUGCGGAACCGCUGUGAGUGCGUGGCCACCCUCCUCAUGGCAGGAGGUUGCAGCACUGGCCUCCCCAGUUCCACCUUCUACAGGAUGGGACUCUAUGGCUUUGAAUGUGCUGACCUGACAGCAGUGGACCCUGUUCGGGGCAAGACGGCCCUGGAAUGGGCAGUGCUGACCGACAGCUUCGACACCGUGUGGAGGAUUCGGCAGCUGCUGAGGCGGCCCCAAGUGGAGCAGCUUAGCCAGCACUACCAGCCCGAGUGGCCGGCCUUGUCCGGGCUCGUGGCCCAGGCCCAGGUUGCCCCUUCACUCCUAGAGCGGCUGCAGGCUACCUUGAGCCUCCCCUUUGCCCCGUCUCCUCAGGAGGGGGGUGUUCUGGACCACCUUGUGACUGCCACAACCAGCCUGGCCAGUCCCUUUGUCACCACUGCCUGCCACACUCUGUGCCCUGACCACCCACCUUCGCUGGGCACCCGAAGCAAGUCCGUGCCAGAGCUGUUAGGUACUGCCCCGCCCCCUCCCCUGGUUCCCCAGUCCCCGCCAGGGAGUCCCCAGAGGUCCCCGUGGGUCUUCGUCCCCUACCAGAGCCCUCAGGGCAUAUUGAGCAAGUGCCUUCAGUGGCUACAACCCAAGGAUAGCACCAGCCCCAGGCCCCAAGUCCCCAAGAUCCUCCUCUCCAAGGCAUCCUCAUCCCCCUACCAGUGCCAGCCGAAGCCCAGUCCUGCAGGACAUCAAAGUCUGGCCCUUCCUCUCUGGCGAUACCAGGAGCUCAGGAUACAGAAGAGGAAACAGGAGGAGGAGGAGGCCAGAAUGGCACAGAAGUAGGGGAAGAUGGGAUAGGACAGGCUGGGAACAGGUAAUCAGGCCCCUCCCAAGGCUUCUUUCCCCUCUGGAGUGCCUCCAGCCUCCCCAUCCACCUCUGCCUAAGUAAAUCUGCUCUCAACCUAUAUAUAUACAAGGUCAUUCAUUCCAGCAUUGUUUGCAUGAGUGAAAGAGUGGAAACACCUGAAGUGUCCAUCAGUAAGGGACAGGCUAGAUUGAUUACGGAAGUAAUUGCUGUCCAUCCAUACAGUGCAUACUCUACAGUGUAUUCUAAAAUAAGACUAAGGAAGCUGUUUAUAUUCUGAUAUGAAACUACCACCAAGAUGUAUAAAGUAAAAAUAACUAAGGAGUGGAAGAGUGUAUAUGGCAUAUUAUUAUUGGUCGAAGUAAAAUUUUCACGAAGAUAAA